AUGUCUGUUGUGGGACAUCAGCCACCCGCCGAGACCGUGCUCGGUGUCAAAACUAUCCUGUCUUUCAUUGCGACCUCGGUCUGCCCUCCUCCAGACAACACCUCACCUUCAACCCAGGCGCGUAGCAAUUUCCUGCUCGCUGUCCAAAAGGAAGCGUUUGAGCGAGUGCUGAGCGCUAUCAUUGUGCCGGCGAUGCCCUUGGCGUCAGGUGACCUGCCAGUGUGGUUGCAACUUGUUCAUCAGGCGGCAGCCAGCGAGGAGGAGCUUCAACCAGCAGGUGCGACGAUUGCUGUCCUCCGGCAGUUUGUGGACCAGGAAGCCGGAGGACGAUGGCUUAGUAAGCGCCGCCAGGCGUUGCUACGCAAAGCGAGGCGCAUCAUCUAUAACGACUGGAAAUUGUCCGGCUUUCGACAGGUCGAUAUCGCCACUCCCACAACCGAAGAAGCGGCCGUCACCCAUGUGGGACCCGAAGAAGCGGCUAUUGCGGCCGAUAAAGUACUGGAUGAUGAGCUGGACAACGAUGACGAUGGUUGGGGCUUCGACGAUAAGCCUUCUGAAGAGUCAAAGGCCACGCAAGGGAAUCCUGAAGACGAUUCGAGUGGAUGGGACUUUGAUGAUGUGGCUACACCCAUAGCUCCGCCACCUGUCGUCAAUUCCAAGCCGACACGUGUGGCUAAACGCCUAGGGAAGCGGGCUAAGCAGUCCGAGAGUGUGGACACACCCCAAAGUUUGCCGUCGACCCCUCCACGCGAAGAAGAACCCGUGCUGCAGCCUCGAGCCGUCGUCACUCCCUCGCCACCAGCCCCACAGCGCCACUGGCGUCGGGUUUCACUGGUGUGCGACGAGGUUGUCACGAUGGCUAAUGAUGCGGCCGCGGAAAUGUACGCUGUUCCUAGUUUGUCUAUCAAUGAUGCUUCGUUCGCCUCCCUGGAGUCAGGAAUGGCAGACCAGCUGGCCGAGGUGCUGGAUUUCAUCCGCGCGACCACGCCUGUUGCUAAUCUGGAGUACGCCAAGACUUCUACUGCUGUUUUGCAGUUGAGCAACGACUUUGCGUACAUAGGCGAAACUUUACAUGUCUCGCCGGCUCUCGCCAUUGUCUCAUCCAUUCUGUCGGGCACGCAUCACUUUGUGGAUACCAGCAGCGAAACGGUCUUCGCCCCAGCCCAACAGGCCAUCAACAGGCUAGUAGUUUACGCGAAACAGCUGGCCGUUGACUUGGACCCCCUUUUCGAUUCGCAGCGCCGAGACAACCUGCUUGGUGGUGUUGUGGAGGCUAUUGCGGUGUCCGUCGUGGACGAUAUUCUCGCCCUUGAAGACAUCACGGAGGCUGAGUCUGAGAAAAUCGGCCUUCUUGUGGGCGAGCUGGAAAGCCUUGAUUCACAGUUUAUGGGCGGCAGUGACGUCUCAGCCAUCGCGACCUUUGUUCCCCACUGGCUGAAGUUGUGUUACACUAACGAGAUUUUGCGUGCCAACCUUGUCGACAUUACCUACCUGUUUGAGAGUGGGUCGCUGGUCGACUUCACGCCCCAGGAACUGGACAGGCUGGUUCGUGCCCUAUUUGCCGACAGCCAGAAGCGCACUACUCUAUUGGAGAAGAUCGGCUUCUGA